AUGGCGCCUACUCCGCUCGACUCUUCGCGCGCGCAGCCAGCCAGCGUGGAUCUGACGCAGUCCGACUCCGAUGCUGACUGGGACGAUGUGCCGCUGGAUCUGGCUGCGCCGCCCGCCGCGCCCAGUGACGAAGGAUCCGACAUGGAUGACGUCGAUGUAAGCGGGGCGCACAAUGCGUACGCGGACCUGUACGAUGCCGUGCCCGACCAAAACGAACCGGCGCCACAGGACUCGUCGCCUGCGCCGCCACUUCAAAUCACUCUCGCACAACCACCCUCCAAGGCGAAACGCUCAUCGACAGUGACCACUACGCCACGCGACCGAAAGAACCGACUGCUCGUUCACCAGGUGCAUACCCUCGCUAUCCUGGCCGCAGCGCGCGUGCGCAACCGAUGGUGCAAUGAUCAGACGCUCCGCGAUACACUGCAGGAUAUGGUGCCCAGCCUGCUGCUCCACAAACUACAGGCCAUCCAUCCCCGCCUCGAGCCGGCGCGCCGCGAGCGCGUGCGUAUGUUUGAGUCAUUCAUGACGGAGCUGGUGAGCUGGUGGCACGCUCACUUCCAUGUGCAUGCCCGCAUGGCGGCCGCCGCAGCAUGGCGCCAGCCGUCGCAGGACUUGUGGCAGCCGGCUCCCGCUCCAGCGCAUACGUGGAUCGAUGGCUGGUACGUCGAGACCCCGCUCGAGCGUGAGCAGAGGCACAAGCGCGAGGCUCGGUCGAAGUCGCGCGCACAAGAGAUAUCCAUUUUUCCCACCGGUGAGCAAGCAUCUGUGCCUACGUACCUGCGCCUCCUCCCACCCCCUGAGGCGGCCGCCUCGCCCAAACAGUUGUGCGCGGCGGCGCGGCGACGACUUGGCUCACGAGAGACCAAGUCCAUUCUGUUCUGUGCAUUGUGUCGCUCGCUCGGGAUCCCGUCGCGUCUCGUGGUGAGUGUGCAAGUGGUGCCGAGCGCCGCCUCCAAAGGGCCGUUGCGUCCUCCGCCGCGAGCGGGCUCGCCCAGUGACGGCGAAGACGAGAUGUAUAUUGAGCCUGUGGAUGACAAGACCCCCCCUACCGUAUGGGUGGAAGUGUACAGCCGUCCCUACCAGCACUGGAUCACCGUCGACCCCGUGCGAGGCUUUGUCAAGCCCACGGGCGUGCGCCACAUGGAGCCAUUGCCGUCGCAGCGCCAGAACAAGCUGCUGUACAUUGCCGCCUUUGAGGAGGACGGGUACGCUCGCGAUGUCACCGCGCGCUAUACCCGCACACUCCUAACCCGAGUCGCGCGGCUGCGCCCGUCUGUGCGGGGCCGCCCGUGGUGGGCGUCUGUGGCCCAAGCUCUCCACCGUCCUCAGAAGCUCGACCGCGAUGCGAUGGAGGAUGUAGAGCUGGAGGACCAGACGCGUCGUGAGCCGAUGCCGACGAGCGUCGGCGCGUUCAAAGACCACCCCGUGUAUGUGCUGCAGCGGCACCUACUACGCGACCAGGUCGUGCAUCCGCCGCACCGUGUCGGAACGUUCCAGGGCGAGCCGGUGUAUUUGCGUGCGAACGUCAUCAAGCUGCUCUCUGCGCGCCAGUGGUACAAUCUCGGUCGUGUAGUCAAAACGAACGAGGUGCCGCUGAAAUGGGCGCGACAGCGCCUAUAUACGACGAUGAGCAAGCGCCUCGAAGAGCAGGCACGCGCGUCAUCGGGCGACGAGGCGAUGGAGGCCCUCUUUGCCCAAUUUCAAACGGAGCUGUACGUGCCGCCCGCCGUGUGCAACGGCUAUGUGCCCCGCAAUGCGUUUGGCAAUGUUGAUCUCUUUGUUCCGUCAAUGCUCCCGGCAGGCGGCACGCACAUUCGGCAUCCGCUCGCGGCCCGGGCUGCGAAGCAAUUGGGCGUGAGCUAUGCCGACGCCGUGGUGGGCUUCGAGUUUCGUCGCUUCCGGAGCUUACCAAAGAUGGCAGGCGUCGUCAUUCCUACUGAGAGCGCAGAGCUCGUGCAGGCCGCUGUCGCUGAGAUGGAAGAGACCGAGGCUCGCAACGAGGCGGCGAAGGCACAGCGCCGCGCCCUUAAAAAUUGGAGCCGCUUGCUGACUGCCCUUGUUGUCUCAAGGCGCAUUCAGGACGAGUACGGCGCGGCUCCAUCCAAUCCGGCACGCGACAGCUGA